GGAAGGUGAGAGACAGAGACACCGGCAGCGGGUUCGGGUGUGACUGAACGAGAGAGACCGACCCACCGGGGAUAGAAAGAGAGGAGUACGAGAUGGCGAGUCCGUCCUCAGCAAGAACGCCAGAAAAUGAAGGUCACAGGAAGAGGCGGGGCCCCGGAGCCAUCGCCACGGCGUACCUGGUCAUCUACAACGUCAUCAUGACAGCCGGGUGGUUGGUCAUCGCCGUCGGGUUGGUGCGCACUUACCUCAGCAAAGGAAGUCACCACAAUCUCUACUACUCCAUAGAGCGGCCGCUGAAGUUCUUCCAGACCGGCGCCCUGCUAGAGAUUGUACACUGUGCCGUAGGGAUUGUGCCUUCCUCGGUGGUCCUCACCGCUUUCCAGGUUCUGUCCCGUGUCUUCCUGACGUGGGCCGUCACACACAGCGUCCAGCAGGUUCAGAAUGCGGACUCGGUGCUGCUGUUUGUUGUGGCGUGGACAGUCACUGAGAUCAUCCGAUACUCCUUUUAUACCUUCAGCCUCCUCAACCAUCUCCCCUACAUCAUCAAAUGGGCCAGGUACACGCUGUUCAUCGUACUCUACCCGAUGGGCGUGGCCGGGGAGCUGCUGACCAUCUACGCCGCGCUGCCCAUCGUCAAGCACACGGGACUUUACUCCAUCCGACUCCCCAACAAGUACAACUUCUCCUUCGACUACUACACCUUCCUCCUCCUGGUCAUGGUCUCCUACAUCCCCCUCUUCCCUCAGCUGUACUUCCACAUGCUUCACCAGCGGAGGAAAGUUCUGGGCGCCGAUCACAAGAAAACCGAAUAACCUCCCCUCCCCCGCCUCGUCUUCUUUUCUCCUUUUUUAAUUCUCUUCUUUUUUUUUUUUUUGUUUAAUUUUUUCCCCCCCCGAAUUUUUAGACCCCCAAAUGCUGCAGACUUUUUGAGUCCCGCCUUUCCUGUGACAAGGACGAGGUAAACAUUGCAGGAAUGAUUGACGUGUCCAGUUUACAUACUAACCCGAGCCGCUGUCCCAGCAUGCACUGCGAGAGACUCCGCAACCUGCUGCCGCUGCUACCGCCUUUUUUCUAAGCUGACCUUUUUCUGCAUUUCUUACUAAAACGCCCCGAGCUGGGGCCCCUUCCCCCUGUGUCCAGCACCCCCCCCUGUGUCCGGGCCCCUGAGUCCGGCGCCGCCCCCUGUGUCCGGGCCCCUGAGUCCGGCACCCCCCCCUGUGUCCGGGCCCCUGAGUCCGGCACCCCCCCCCUGUGUCCGGGCCCCUGAGUCCGGCGCCCCUCCUCUGCAUGCCGCUCUUUUUACUCCAUGUGACUGCCGAGUGUCAGGAACACUGCGCCCAUUCCACCACAUGUGUGUCCCCCGGGGGCCCCCCCCCAACCUCCUGGAGCUCUAGGAGUCAGUGCGGAGUAUUCCCAUUGGUCGGUGUGGAUCGAAUUAUUGUGAUGAUCGUUUUUUUCUUUUUUCUCUGUUUCGUAUUGUGAAUUUCCCCAUCAGAUCACAACGAUUGAUUUCAGAUGUAAAUGUGAUUAUUAAACCCAAAUCUUUUUUUUUUUUUU